AUGGCUGUGUAUGUCGUCGAAAAUGCUCCCUUCAAGAACAUCACGUACAAGCUGCCCCAGUUGCCCAAAGGGGUCCUCAGGAAAACCCUUACGCACCGCACGGUCGGCGGCUACAAAGCUUCCUACGAGGCUCUCGAGUUCAUUGGGGACGGAUAUCUCGAGGCAGCGGCCAAGCAUCUCGUUGGACCAUGGCAAAUCGGGGCGAGUGCCAAACACACUAUCGUAACGCUCAUGGCUCGCAACUCGACCAUCGCACAGAUUACCAUUCAGUUCGGCCUUCACGAGAAGAUCAGGAUCCAUCCCAACGAGCACCCCACUUCUCAUCAAUGGACAAAGAUCUACGGCGACGUCUUUGAAGCUUUCAUUGCAGCGUACUGGGAGGCCAAAGACGUAAAAGAAGGCCUCAACUUUACCGUUAGAGUCAUCACACCUAUCUGCCUUUGGAUGAAGGACGAGCUGGAGAAAGGCAAUCUUUGGAGCCGCGAGUGGACUCCGAAAUGA